UACAAAAUUUUACCCAGACGACGCACCAUGACACAUACCCGGCGAUUGACACCAAGGGUUCGCCCGGCUGGGACUGUAAGGGAAAGGCGAUGCUAAUCACGGGUGCCAACGGUGGCGUGGGACGGGCGGUGGUGCAGGCAUACGCACGCGCAGGGGCGUCGCACAUCGGGCUGGGCGUGCGGCGCGACGUCAGCGACCUGGUCGGCGAGGUCAAGGCGGCAGCGGCCCAGGGGGGGCACCCGGAGCCGACGGUGACGGUGCUGCUUAUAGACUUGGAGGACCGAGCAAGCGUCGCGGCGGCGGCGGAGCAGCUCGAGCGCGAGUGGGGGCGGAUCGACAUCCUAAUCAGCAACGCCGGCUUCCUGCCACCCUUCGUGCCGCUACUUGAGGGCAACGAGGCUGACUACUGGUAUGCCUGGGAGAUUAACAUCCGUGGCACUUACUGGACUGCCAAGGCCUUCCUGCCCCUGCUGCUGCGCUGCGGCGGCGACAAGACCUUCGUCGCAAUCAGCAGCCUUGGCGCCCACAUCCUCACCACGGGUGCCAGUUCCUACCAGACGACUAAGUUUGCCGUCGUCCGCUUCGCCGAGUUCCUGAUGCAGGACUACGGUGACCAGGGGCUACUAGCCUACUCGAUGCAUCCAGCGUCGAUGCUCACCGAGCUUGCCAAGAAUAUACCUCCGAACAUGCACCAUCUCCUCAAUGAUACGCCCGACUUGGUUGGCGAUACCUUUGCGUUCUUAGGCAGUAAGAAGAGAGAUUGGCUUGCCGGUCGAUUCGUCGCUGUGUGCUGGGAUAUGCCUGAAUUGAUGGCGAGAGAGAAGGAGAUUGUCGAAAAAGACGCGCUUAAGUUUCGCAUGGUGAUGUAA